AUGGGUUUUCUUGAAUCCUUUCCAACUUCUUUCGCAGCUACAAAAUGGCUAGGCUUUGUAACUGCUGUUUGGGUCCAAGCUAUUUCAGGCAACAAUUACACCUUCUCAAACUAUUCUGAUGCACUUAAAACUCUUAUGAAUUUGACCCAACUUGAACUCAACAAUUUAUCUGUUGCUAAAGAUGUUGGCAAGGCCUUUGGUUUGCUUGCUGGUCUUGCUUCUGAUCGUUUGCCCACUCCAGUUAUUCUUCUUAUUGGUUCAAUUGAAGGUCUUAUUGGUUAUGGCACUCAAUGGCUUGUUGUUAGUAGGAGAAUUCAACCUCUCUCUUACUGGCAGAUGUGCAUAUUCCUAUGUCUAGGAGGCAACAGCACCACAUGGAUGAACACGGCGGUUUUAGUGACCUGCAUACGCAACUUCCGCCGCAAUCGUGGCCCUGUCUCUGGGAUCUUGAAGGGCUAUGUAGGUCUAAGCACUGCCAUAUUCACCGAUGUAUGUGCAGCUCUAUUCGCUGACGACCCUGCAAAGUUCCUCAUGAUGCUUGCAGUGAUCCCCUUUGCUGUCUGCCUCACCGCCAUCGUCUUCCUCCGCGAAACCCCACCUGCCGCCACGAUAGAGGAAGAAAAAGAAGAAACCAAAUACUUCAAUGUCUUCAACGUUGUUGCUGUUAUUGUGGCUGUUUAUCUGUUGGCAUACGGUUUUAUUCCAAAUCCUAGCCAUGUUCUUUCAUUGGUGUUUUCGGUUACAUUGCUAGCACUUUUAGCUUCUCCCUUAGCAGUUCCAGUUUAUGCCUUUAUUAGAAGCUGGAAUUUUAACCGGUUCAAGAACCAAGCUGAUGUUGAAAGGCAAAUUCAAGAACCUUUAUUAAGAGAAGAGAAAACCCACGAGGAUAUUCAAGAAAAGCCUGCUGAGGAGGGGGAAACAGCAGUGGUGGAGCAAUCACAAGCUGUAGAGGAGAAGAAGGCAGUGGAGAUAAAGAGGAGGCCGGUUAUUGGAGAGGAUCAUACAAUUUUUGAGGCAUUGUCGACUUUUGAUUUUUGGAUUCUGUUUGUGUCUUUCCUUUGUGGGGUUGGCACAGGUUUGGCUGUGAUGAAUAAUAUGGGACAGAUUGGUUUGGCUCUUGGAUAUGCUGAUGUUUCUCUUUUUGUUUCCAUGACAAGUAUUUGGGGAUUCUUUGGAAGGAUUGUUUCUGGUACUGUGUCUGAGUACUACCUCAAGAAAGCUGGAACACCAAGGCCUCUUUGGAAUGCAGCAUCUCAAAUAUUAAUGGCUGUUGGUUACAUCCUCAUGGCUGUGGCAUUGCCAGGAUCCCUAUACAUCGGUUCAAUUGUUGUUGGCAUCUGCUACGGAGUUCGUUUAGCUGUCACAGUCCCAACUGCCUCCGAACUAUUCGGUCUCAAGUACUUUGGUCUAAUUUACAACAUCUUAAUCCUCAACCUUCCUCUGGGUUCCUUCCUCUUUUCUGGUCUGCUUGCCGGAUUUUUAUAUGACGCAGAAGCUACCCCAACACCAGGAGGUGGCAACACUUGUGUUGGUGCCCAUUGUUAUAGACUUGUGUUCUUUAUCAUGGCCAUUGCAUGUGUCAUUGGGUUUGGUUUGGAUGUUCUAUUGGGAAUUAGAACCAAGAAGAUUUAUUCCAAGAUUUACACGAGCAGGAGAUCAAAGAAAUUGGCUGCAGCAUCCAAUCUGCAAUGA